AGGAGAGAGAGAGAAAGGGGAAGUAUCGAAGGGGAGAGCGAUCAGAGAGAGAAAACACAGAAAAGGGGUCUUCAAUUUUCUGAUUCAGAAAUUCUUUCUGCAGAAAAUAAACAGAGUGCAGAUAGAGAAUGUGAAGCAAAAUUUUGAAGGGAUAAGGAGCAAUGGAUGAAGAAGCUUAAUGGGUUGCAGAGGAGAAGUGAAGAGGAAAAGAAGAAAGGAAAAAUAAAGCUGACAGUGUUUUGGGAUAAUUUUUUCUCCUGAAUAUGAAUUCUGGGAGCUCCAAUAAGGUCAGCUAAUAAAUUUUGUGAACUCAUAAUUUUGUGCAAGUUUGAAUCUUUGUGUUAGUUUGAUUCAUUAUUCUUCAAGUUUGAAUUUUGAGUAUGCGAAACCUGAAGUUGAAGUCGAGAAUUCAAGCUUGAAUCUUUUAUUGAGGGAGUGGCAUUUGGGCUGUUGUGGAGUUUUCAGGAUGCCGAUAAAUUCGUAGCGGUUUACUUGGAGUUGCAGAGAGGUAUCUUUAUUUGGUUUUGAAGAUUUAGGUCAAUAAAGUGUUCUUUUGUAUUAUAGUUUUAAACUUUGCGUUGAAGGUUGAAGAAUUUGAAAGUUUCUGAAAUUUGGGUUUUUGGAGGGAGAGUUAGUUUAAUUGGAAAAAUGAGAUCUCGUGGUAUGAACUCAACCCUCCAAUUAUUGUAGUUGAUAAAAAGUUGAGGUUUUGGAGUUGGGUUUUGGUUUGACAAUGCUAGGGUUGGUAGUAGUCAGAUUAAUUGUUAUUUGGAAGAUGGGCUUUGGGAAAUGGAGCAAAACAACUGUAAUUUAGUUAAAGGUUCUGUAUCAUUGGUGUGGUAGCGUGUAGUUCUGUUAUAUGGACUUUUAGUGUGGAGAAGGAGAGACUACAGAGAGAUGCAACCGCCUCAUCAGCAUUCACGUAUCAAUCUUGCUGAGUUGAAAGCUCAGAUAGUAAAGAAACUAGGGCCGGAGGGGUCCAAGCAGUACUUUUCUUACUUGCACAGAUUCCUGAGUUUGAAACUGAGUAAGGUUGAGUUCAAUAAGCUUUGUCUAAGGAUUCUUGGGCGGGAAAAUAUUCCACUUCACAAUCAGUUUAUUCGUUCAAUUCUGAGAAAUGCUUGUAGUGCCAAAGCCCCACCAGCACCAAGUCACAAGGAUGAUGCUUACAAAUAUGUUACACAUGUUGGUGGGAAGGAGAUUUCAGCUGAUGGUUACCUGCAGAAUGGGUCCCACACCAGUAUGACUCAGGCUUCCGGCUUGCCAGGUCUAUCAAAUGGAGGUGACAUGCUACCAGUCUCGCCUCGAAAGGCCAGGACUGGUUUUCGUGAUAGGAGAAGUGGGGACCGCCGUAGCGCUCUUGGCCCUAAUGGGAAGACUGGCUUUGCUUCUCAUCUGUCUACUACCACGCAGUCAAGUGAUUUAAAUGCCGUGGUGGAGAAUGGGGAUAUGAAUCCACCUGAUAUUGGGAGGGCAGUGCAGCAGCAUCAAGGACUCCUGCGGCAAUCAGAUAAUGAGAGUGAGAAUUUGGUUAUGCAACCUGCUAAAAUGUCCAUAGUAAGGAGAUCACCAGAUGGUUCAGCUCCCCUAUGCAGCAAGGAUGAGACAGAGUUGGUUGUUAGAAAUGAUGGGAAAGAGAAUUCUGCUAGGAGUCCACUCCGAGCGCCCCUUGGGGUUCCGUUUUGUCCAGUCAGCGUUGGUGGGGCCCGCAAGGCCCUGCCUCCAGCAAGUCGCGGUGGAUUUAUCAGCACAUUCAAUGACUGCGCUUUGUUGGACAGUCUUACAUUAAGGAAACGAAUGGAGCAUAUUGCUACGGCACAGGGUCUUGAAGCAGUGUCAGUGGAUUGUGCCAACAUACUGAACCAUGGUUUAGAUUCUUACAUGAAAGGAUUAAUUAGGUCUUGCAUUGAACUCUUGGGAGCAAACUCAGGGCAUGAGUUGACAAAGAGUAAUGCCCACAAGCACCACUCACAUACGAAACUUAUUAAUGGUGUCAAACAAGGUCAUCAAUAUCAGAUUCAAAAUGGUGGCGAGCAUUUUGGAUUGCAAGAACAGAAAAUCCGUGGCCCAAUUUCUUUGCAGGACCUUAGAGUUGCUAUGGAACUUAAUCCAAGGCAACUUGGGGAAGACUGGCCGUUGUUGCUAGAGAAAAUAUGUAUGCAUGCAUUUGAAGAGUAACAUGGGCCAUGGAUUUAAUGUUCCCAGUGGAGUGAAUUGGUCCCUACUGGAUUGAAAGGCAUGCUUGUGGUGCUGGUUAUCUGGCCUUGUGUGGCCUUGAUUGUUCUGAUUCAUGGCCUUUUGAACCAGUGUAGUGCUGCUAAGUAACGAAUUCCUGGAUAAUAGGGACCAAAGCAGGGAAUCUUUAUUCCUUCCUGCUCUCGGGCUUUUCUUAAUUGGAAGAAGCCAUAUUCUCAGCCACCAUUCAGAUGAGAAGAAUGCCCAGAUUAGGUUGCACUGUUGUAUGAUUAGCGUUAUCCCCACUUAUAUCUUUUUUUUCUUUCUCCUGUAAUUUACAGCCAAUGAGAAAUUCUAGAACAGUUUUGCAGGAAUAAUUUUGUGUAGUUCAGUACUUCAGCAAAAGGGUGGGAAUCCGUGAUGCAAUAGACAUGUGUAUGUACCUUCACCACGAAGACCAGUUGGAAUCUUAAUAUUAACAACACAAUUUAACAAA